AUGGGCGGUUUUUCGUCUCGGAGAAGGUCCGCCAGCUUUUCUGGAGGAGCAGUACAACAGCGCAAGAAGAUAAUUACCCGAUGCAGAAGCUACUCCAUGUCUUCUCUGGGAGAUGGGCGUAUUCCUCAGCAGCUUCUACGAACCUGACUCGGCUUGGCAACGGAUAUUGAUGAACUAAUUGCCUAUAGAAUCCUUUCAUAUGGAGAGGAUGACGGGGUCGGAACCGCCAUGCGCGACUGGCUCAAUCACCCAAUGCUAACAAGUGACGAUCAGCUAGCAAAGAUCAUCACAAUCGAGCAAUGCACAAAAUUGUCCCCGAAGCUUGAAGCAGGCUCCGUUGCGUAUUUCAGAUCUUGGCCGAUGGAAGCCAGGCAGUUUCAGCAAAUAACUGAGGAGCUUCGACUACACGGGUACGAGAACAGCGUACAAGAUUGGAUAUUUUUCCUCAGAUGCAGUGAUCCCACCACCCGGAUAACUGUCCGCUACGUUGGAUCAAGAUCCGCGCCAAGAAACCCAUUCAAACGGGUGCAGAAGAAUGCAGAACGGCCACAGUCACUCCUUGGAAUGUUUCUCUAUAUACUACAUAAGCGAUAUCCUGAGAUUGCUGCUCUUCACAAGGUUUUCACAAUCCACGGAACCUUUGUGCCAGAUUUCGGCAAAUUGAGCAGCCAACAGAACAUGUUGUCUCAGCGGUUUCACAAUUCUGUCACUGAUCAAACCGAACGCUGCCUUAUCGCUUUUUUCGGGUUUCGUAUCCUCCUUAAUCGUCAACGUGGGGGAAAGCAUGGGGUCAUAAGCGUCGAUGACGAGGAAGAACGUGUCUUCUUGCGAUGCAAAACGAGCCUCUGAAUAAAAGCCAACAGCUGCCUUACCACGCCAACACACGACGUCCAUUCCCACAUCAAUCUUCUUUUCGCUGGGUGGUAGGAUUAUACCCGCAAAGAGGUUUGGAGUGAGGCAGAUAAGGUGAAGGAGGCGAACCGCGAGACAUAUAUCACUGGUGUCUCCGCCCAGGCUGUGGCUAAAUCCUGGCUUAAUGGCUAUUCAGUACUCGCUCUGUGCGGACAAGAGCCACCUAUUAGCAGUAUCAACGAUGGUUCCGGCAUACUGAGCGGCAUCCGGGCUACUAGCAGCUUGGUUAGAAGUGUGCUGACUUUAAUGGUUGCAAUGGAAACGGCUUCAAUCAACUUUUCA